GAGCGGUGGUAGAUGUCGGCGUUGGAGAAGAACGCGACGACUGAGGCGGGACUUCGACAAGCUUCUCGUGUGGCGGGCAUAAGUUGGUCUGCUUCCGUUGGCGGUCCUCGUGUUGAUGGUGGUGGUACUCGGCUGGGUCCUGCUGCUGAUACUGCAGGUAUGGUGUUGGAGUGCCAGAAGCCGUCACUGUCGAAGUCGGGGUCAAGAUCCGGCGGGUGAGUCCAGGCGGCGAACGAUACGAUGCCAUCGCUGUC